AUGAAGCACUUCAACACUGUCGCCGGAAUUGUCGAGUGCUAUUAUGAUAUCUCCAGUAAUGCCAGCUGCGAGGCAAAUGUCGUCCAGCCAGCAACCUAUUGGACCCGAGUGGGUAUUAAAUACUCCCGCGACUAUUACCACAAGCUUGGUGAAAAGCUUGAGAAGUACUGGAAGAAGCCGCGAGCUCAGGCUACUUCAUUUGUGAUCGAAUUCACCCACUACAAGGUCAACUCCACGAACCAUGUUGAUGUUGUCCAGACCGCUAUGAAGAAGUUGAAGCACAUCUCUUUCGAUUCCUCUUCAUCGGGUAUGAACAUCGGUGGAUUUGGGCUUUCAUUUGCUUCUGGGGUUGCCGCUGCUGCUCGGCCUAAUAUCACUGAAAUGUGA